AGAGAGAGAGAGAGACUCUGCUGUGGUGGUGUUAGAAAUCGGACGACAUGAGCGCUACAUGAACCGUGUAAAAUGCUUUAAGACGCUUUCGGCGUUUGUCUUGUAUCCGUCUAUACCAAGGACGAGCCUGAAGCGGAGCUACACUUCACGACCAGGUGUAACACUGUCUUAAGCCUGAGGGGGGCAGAAUGCCGGAGCAGAGCAACGACUAUCGUGUGGUGGUGUUCGGGGCAGGGGGAGUGGGGAAGAGCUCCCUGGUGCUGCGCUUCGUGAAGGGCACCUUCAGGGACACCUACAUCCCCACGGUGGAGGACACCUACCGUCAGGUGAUCAGCUGCGAUAAGAGCGUGUGCACCCUCCAGAUCACCGACACCACAGGGAGCCACCAGUUCCCAGCCAUGCAGCGCCUGUCCAUCUCUAAAGGCCACGCCUUCAUCCUCGUCUACUCCAUCACGAGCAAACAGUCCCUGGAGGAGCUCAAACCCAUUUACCAACAGGUCUUGGCCAUAAAGGGCAACGUCGAGGCCAUCCCCAUCAUGCUUGUGGGCAACAAGAGCGACGAGACCCUGCGGGAGGUGGAGACCAAGGACGGGGAAGCCCAGGCCAACCAGUGGAAGUGCGCCUUCAUGGAGACGUCGGCCAAGACCAACCACAACGUUACCGAGCUCUUCCAGGAGCUCCUCAACCUGGACAAGAAGAGGAACAUGAGCCUCAACAUCGAUGGCAAGCGCUCGGGGAAGCAGUCCCGCGCUGAGAGACUGAAGGGCAAAUGCAGCGUGAUGUAAAUCCAGGAGAGGAGGAAACAAGAGGUGGAGGUUGAGGGGGGGGGGGAGAGAAAAGCGAAAUAAGGAAGACAAGGGAUUGGAGGGACUCACUAAACGUAUCACUCGGAGCUAAACGUCUGGAAGGUAGCAGGAAUCUCAUCAUCCACAUCCUCCUCUGUUUGACUGGUGCAUUCACAAACACAACUUGGCAGUUAUUUUGAAAACAUACAGGAUUUCAGUUCCGAACCUUACAUCCAUGUGCAUUCUGCUAGAAGUAAGAGAUGAGGGGGGGACUGACGCAGAAUAUUGAGAGGCAGAUUAAAAUCAAGACGUGCGCGUCGCAGAUGAAUUACCUGUGGACGUCAGCCAUGGUCGGAAGAAGCGUGGGUGUGGACUUUUGCGUCAUCCGAGUGCCACAAAACCUGGCUGAGAAGCUCAUCGAGACCCUGGCCUGCAAUGAAUACCACAGACUGCAUCAUCCCCUGAAAACAGGCUGAAGGUUUCUGAUCUACACGAAACAUUUAGUGUCCCUCCCUCCCUGCUCAGCUCCCUCGUCAUCCCAGCACCCUCAGCCUUCGCAUACACCCCAAAUACUAUAACAAAUAUAGAGAAAUGUAAUGUAUAUGUAACAGAGCCAACAAAGUUCGUCAAGCUCACUCAUCUGGUAGAAACACUAUUUUAAGAGACUGAGGUGUCUGUCAUGCUAGAAAGUGCAGAACCCAAAGGUUUUGAGACUGCUAGCGUGACGGACAUUAAAUCAGCAACAAAACAUGCGACCCAGCUACAUCCCAGAGCCACUCCUGAGGACUCUGAUCUAAAUAAACAAGGGAUAUUUCAAUAUAUUCCAUCUAGUCUACAUAAGCACUGCCCAAACCAGUACAUCAGUCACAAGAAUAGGGUGAAGUUUGAAGCAUUAAAGCUUAGUCUUUUCAUCUCCUCCUAAUCAUCCCUUCUGAAAGCUAAAAAAGACCAUAAUUAACCUUCAUCAAGCUGUCAUCAUGUUAAAAACUCAUCUGCUAAAUGUCCUCUUCUGAAGUGGAGUAACAUCCAGCGGAAGGGUAUGCACACACGCUACUGAUAUGACGCAACAAUCCUUUUAAGACUCUCAUCUAGUGUAGAAUAACUCUGAAUGAAAAGAAGCUGGACUCUGAUCAAACAUAGAAAUACAAGUCUGCCUUGUCUACGAGGAUGAUACACUCGGAUAAUCAUUUCCAAGCUGGUAAGACGAAAGGGAUGCUUUUUGGUUCUGAGGCUAAGAAUGUCCGUUUGCUUUGGCACUUUUCAUGUGUACGUUUCUCUUCUUUGGCCUUUCUUUCUUGCCUGUUUGCUUUUUGAUGCUCUUUAAAGUUGUGUAAGAGUAAAAAACAAAAGCCCUCCUUAAAUAAAAAGCACACAGAGAUGCAUGCAGAUCAUUCAGUUUGACCUGAAUCACCAAAUUCUGUUUCCUCUUUGGUUGGUUUGGUCACAUUACCUCGCAUUACGCUCAUGCAGGCAUCGGCAAGCAGGAAACAGAAUGGGUCACACACACUUUUACACACACACGGCAUGCGCACAAAUGCAUUCAUGCAAGAGUAAAAAAAAAAAGAAAAAAGUCAAUCUGAGUAACACUGUUGACUGAUUACAUGAAGACAAACAGGGCUCACUCAGCCUCAAUGCCCUCACGUUGCACUUUAUAUCAUAAACACACAUGUGCACGCACACAACUGUAAUUUGUCAUGUUUUUGCCUAUAUGUUAAGUUUUAACGAUCUCCACAUAAUACAGAAUAUCCUCCUGGAGCCAUUAAAUAGCUCCACUGUAUGUCCAAAGUGCAUGAAUACACCCGUUUUCACGCAGGAGCUCUGAAUAUUGUACAAAGUCUACACGGGACAGCCAAAAGCACAAUACUUUUUUACCAACAUAUCUAUUUGUACAUUUAUUUGUGUUUCUUUCUCUUUUUUUUGUGUGUUUUCCUUGUUUGUCUUCUUUGUGCGAUUUUCAGCUUCAACAUUUAUUCACCAGUCCUAAACAUGGAGAAAUAAUCGCAUCAUGAUCACCGGUAGCUUCUCCGUCUCAAUAUAGAUGUAAAGUGUUUUAUUCGUCCGGUACAUGGCACAAUGAGGUUGUGGUUCUGCUGCACAACAGGGUAUCGGGAUGUGACCGGUUAGCUGUGGUCGCGAGGCUCGUAGAUGCGACAAAACCCCCACAGAAUUGUAGGUCGCAUAGGACAAAGAGGAUGGGCAUUAUUUGUCUACUUUUCUCCAUCUCUCAGGCGGUUUUAACAACAAUUUGGUUGGAGGAUAAUCUGCUCCUGUACUGUUAAACCCAAAGACACAGAUGAUGCCCCUUUUUACUGAGUGCCCAUCUCUUUGAAAAAAAAAAAAAAAGCACAGCAACUGUUUCCGUCUGUCUCCUUCUCUGUCUUUGUGUGCAGCAGAGUCAACAACUGGGCACUUUAGGGUGACAUUUUACUUGAAGACUUGCUUAUUAAUCAGCAAUGCCUCAUUUAUAAGCACCAUUGUAAAAUGUCCCUCCUGCAUUAUUCACGCCCACAGAAAAACUAUUUAACAUAGUGUAGUUAUUGUAAAUAAAGCAUAUUAUGGUAGUUGACUGACAUGUUUAUAAGAGCUUCAAGUAAGAUGUUACCCAUGUAAAGAAAAACUGUACCCGCUGUCUUUCUGGGAACAAGUCCUUUGUGACCAGGAAAUGUUGUUACAGUAGGAGGUUCGAUGUUGCUAUGUACUGUAAUAUACAGCUUAUUAAUAAUGAUGCUCAUCAUAUAUUGUAUUUGACUCAUCCACUCUUCAGAUCUAUCAAUCAGAUAAUACUAGCAAAAUGUGAAUAUGUAACUAAAGGUUCCACUCCAUGGCUGUUGCCUUUUUUUUCCCAUUUUGAAAGCUGAAUGAAUCCGUUGGUAUCGAUGUGUUGUACUUUGCACGAAUGUGAGGUCCUGUUAAACUCCAACAUUAGCAAUGUAAAACCUACCCUUUACCUGUUCGAUGCCAGGAAUGCUCACUCGUACUCUCUCUUCUGAUUUUAUUUCAUCAAUUCAUAUUUUGAAAAAAAAAAACAAGUUGUAUUUGAAAUUGUUUGUCUUGGUUCGUUUUAGAUGCCCGAAGGAUGGAGAGAUAUCUGUCAUGUACCAACCUUAUGUGUCCUUCUAGAGGUUAAAAAGCUAGAAAAACAAGAGCUGGAAGUUAUCUGUAAAACUAUCAGACAGUUCUGACCUGAUCUGAUGUGUAGCUAUACCGGCAGCGGUGGUGCACACGCUGCAUAAAUAUGAGCUUGACACGUCUGGUUGCUUCACGCAAACGCCAGCUUGCGAGCGCAUGUUUGUGCAAUCUGUUGUUCUGCUGACGUCUACAGGAGACUGUCGUUGUUCAUGUCCCUGCUUGGAAUAUGAUACAGCAGGGAGGGGAAAACAAUGACACAGCGUGCAAUAGCAGCAUGGACAACAAGCUUGAGCGAGAGGCUGCACUAUUAUUAGAAAUAGUGUGAAAAUAUGGAGUGCGUUAACUAACUAUAGGCUGUAUAAGAUUCAAAUGUGCUUGCAUGUGAGGAGGCGUGCAUGGGAAGUGCGUGAGCGUUCGUUGAGUUUCUUGGGCUGUGUGAGUUAAAUGCUGGCAUGAAUUAGGACAGACACCUCUGCCCCCGUCCUCCCAUGGCCUGUCUCAUCUCCUUUAUCAAUGAAGCAUACUCACUGCUGCUGUCUGUGUCUGUGCGUGUGACCAUGAGUGCAUCCAUGUAUGUGCGCAAUCAGCCACCUAUUUGCAUCCCUUCACUCUGGCCUGCAUGUGUGCGUGUGUGUGUGUGUGCAUAUUUGUGUGCUGUACCACCUUAUGAAACGUCUGUCAGAUAUUUGAAGCUUUCCUGUGCAGAAUGCCUACACAUUUCUGCAUGAGUCAUCCCGCUCUGCUUUAACACGCCUACAAAAAACACAGACAAGUAUGUAACGGGCAUGGAGGCAAAAUAGACAGACUGCAUGCUCUUAGCUACACCCACACACACACACACACACACACACACACACACACACACACACACUCUUUUUCACCCAUAUUACAUUCACACAGGCCUUGUCAGUGAGCCAGAUUCUCUCACUGUCUUUUGUUCUGCUCUGCACUGUUGUACAGGCACCACUGUCAGCCCUACUCCUCCAUAAAUCACCUGUGCACCCCCUGAAAUGUUGAGUUUCCUUCACAUUCAUACCUCAGACUUUAUUUAAUUGUUUUUGGUGUUGUGUAAGUCAGUUGCACUAAAACAGAAGGAAGGCCAACCCUGCUCGCAUCUGAUUGUAGAUAGUUGUAAAUAGUGUUCAAAGGACAUAAUAUUUCAGAGAGGAGAGUGUGCAGAGAAAUUGAUGCUGUGGGAAGAUGUGUUUCCUUCAACGUGUCCAAUUCAAAGUAACUCAGCGAAUCUAAGAGUUUCCUUCAGAGGGGAGCUACUUGGUGAUUUUAUGUCAACUUCACCAGCUGUCAUGAACUCGUUAAAACUUUGGACUUUUUUUUAAAGUGUCCUAUGAAUUUCUCUGCAAGAUAAAUAGCCUAUUGAGUGAACAGAGGAAAGCUACGGAAGCCCAAAGUGACCAAUAUUAGAUAUGAAAUUCUGAAAUAUUUACGAUGAAUGUUUAAAAUUCAGCUCGUUAUUAUAAAAUCCAGUUUCUUUUCACAAUAAGAGCUUACUGCAGAUCAUCUUUUUUUUUUUUCAGGGUUUUUAUUUCCAAAUGUUGCUUUACUGUUUUUAUUUGUCCGAAUGAACAUUUAUUUUAUAACAGCACUUUUCAUCACUAAGUCUUUGUUCGUCAAUCAUGACAAACAGGGCACAACCGGUUAUGUGAUUGACUGUCUGCUCAAUCAGACCAAAGCAUCAGCCAAUCACAUGGCUGGAAUGAAAUAAAAAUGUCCUGCAGAUAAAAUAAUAUUCAAUAAUACUAAAACGAGUUUCUGGGAAUAUUUCACAGUUUUUGGUUAAAUAAUGUCAUGUGAUUAUUUAUUUCAUGAUGUCAUUGCAAUUAAUAUUGAACACUUUGGGUCUCCAUUGGAAUCUACAUUGGCAGCACCUCAGACAAGGUGAAGUUCACCUUACCUUGUCUGAGGUAACUGGGUUCUUAAGAGCACGUUGGUGUACAGCAGAGGAAGUGUGGUUCACAUGUGUUCUUCCAUAGCAGGAUGGGAAACAGGACCCUAUGACACUUAAACGAAGGACAGUCAGUGAAACAUAAAUACACCGGAAAGGUUCUGGUUUAUAGUCUAACUUAUGUCCCAUUAACUCAUUCCUACCAACGAGGGCAGUUUACAGUCCUGUUGAGUCAGGGGCAGAGGAUCUGAAGGAAAUCGUUGUUGGAGGAUGAGUGGAAAACGGACCGUGUUAACCUCUCCGGCUCAGCCCUUUACAUCUUGUCUGAUCCACCCAGAUCCUCACAAGCUGUUUUUUUGCUGACAGGGGGCGUAAAGUGGGGUAUUUAGACUCGGUGGGUAAUAUAGUUUGGUACUAUCCUGUCUCUCUGGCCCUUCAUUCCUGCAUGGUCCCGAUUGGUGUUCCAGCCAGCAUGAGAACAAGGACACAAACUGUGAAUCAUCUUUGUAUUCUUUAAAUAAAAUUCCUCAGCAGCAUUUAAGGCUUCGGUUUUGCAAAUAUUUUCAUUUCUUUUGAGCACUUAUUGUUUUCUGUAAAUUAAUCUAUUAGUUUAUUUUUUUUCUGUUGGGACUUUUUAUUUAUUUAUUUAACUUAUUAUGAUGUAUAGAUAUUUAUUCUAGCAAUAGUCUUCCUGUUAAAAUAUACUGUGCUGAUGCAUCCUCUGAAUAACUGAAAAUAACACACAUAUAUAUAUAUAGAUGAUAAUAAUAAUCAAAUCUGCAAAAUGAUUUUCCUAAUAAAAAUGUGAACUUA